AUGUCUAAUCCGAAUAACUACACGGUCGGCUGGAUCUGCGCUAUAGAUACCGAGUACGUUGCGGCGCAAGCUUUUCUCGACGAAAAGCAUGAGGGAGCAGCAUAUGUGUCUCCUCAUGAUAACAACGAUUAUACAUUAGGCAAACUUGGGGGACAUAACGUUGUCAUCGCCGUCUUGCCCGAUGGGCAGUAUGGCACAUCCUCUGCAGCAAUCGUUGCAAGGGACAUGCUGCACAGCUUUCCUAAUGUCAGAAUUGGUCUGCUAGUCGGCAUCGGUGGCGGUGCCCCAAGUCCGAAGCAUGAUAUCCGUCUGGGUGAUAUUGUGGUCAGCGCUCCUCGCGAUGGAAAGGGUGGCGUGCUCCAGUAUGACUUCGGUAAAACCAUACAAGAUCAGAGGUUCCGACCAACAGGAUUCUUGAACCAGCCCCCAAUGGUCCUGCGGACGGCAGUGAAUGGACUCAAAGCCCAGUAUGAGCACGAAGGACAUCAGCUUGAAGAGGCUAUCAACAGCAUUCUAGAGAAGAAGCUAAGACUACGGAAGAAGUAUAAGCGGCCGGACCCAAGUAGCGACAGGCUAUAUCGAAGCGGUCUCACCCAUCCUCUAGACGACGAAGCAAACUGUGCGGUGGCCUGUGGUGAUGAUCCAUCAAACUUGAUAUUCCGGCAUGCACGGACCGAAGGCGAGGAUAAUCCGGCAAUUCACUAUGGUCUGAUUGCUUCGGCGAAUCAGUUGAUGAAGGACGCUUCAGCUCGGGAUAGACUUGCUGCGGAAAAGGACGUUCUGUGUUUUGAAAUGGAAGCGGCCGGGCUGAUGAACCACUUCCCUUGUCUGGUGGUUCGCGGUAUAUGCGACUACUCGGAUUCCCAUAAGAGAAAGCAGUGGCAAGGAUAUGCAGCAAUGGUGGCGGCUGCAUAUGCAAAAGAUCUUCUCUAUCGAAUCCCCCAAAGCAGGGUUGAGGCUGAGGAGAGGAUUGGUAAUAUUCUCUCCGACUUCCAAGAAAGACUUAUUGAUGUGUCAAGAGAUGUAGACAAACUUCUCUGUGGGAAACAUGAUCAAGAGCACCAAGCUAUCCUUGACUGGAUCUCAGCACCUGAUCCAUUAGCCAACUACCAGAAAGCGGUCCAACUAUGCCAAGCCGACACUGGCAUAUGGUUCCUUGAGAGCGAAGAAUACGCAAGUUGGAAGAUAUAUCCAGCAUCGUUUCUGUGGCUGCACGGGAUUCCAGGAUGCGGCAAAACCGUUCUGAGCUCUACUGUCAUACGAAGUGUUCAACAACACUGUGCUAAUGACCCUGGUAAAGUGGUUGCGUACUUCUACUUCGACUUCAAUGACCCUCAGAAGCAGGUGGUGGAAUUCAUGAUCAGAUCCCUAAUUGUUCAACUCUCUGAACAAUGCAUCAAAACACCUUCCGCACUGGACGCUCUAUACUUAUCCUGCGGAGACGGGAGGCAGCAACCAUCUCUAGAAGGGCUUCUAGAUGCGCUGCAAAGGGAAGUUGAAGAACUUCCUCAAUGCUUUAUCAUUCUCGAUGCCCUGGAUGAGUGUACUGGUGCUGGAACUGAUACUGGCAAAGAAGAACUUCUCCGUGUCCUUCAGACAAUGGUCGGCUGGCAGUUCGAGAAUCUUCACCUAUUGGUCACAAGCAGAAGGGAGAGAGAGAUUGAGGAUGUCCUCGGCGGCUUUGUAGAAGAACACAACAUCAUUGGUCUGCGAAGUGAAAUGGUGGACAAGGACAUAAAUAUAUACGUCCGUCAAAGGCUACGUGAUGACAAGAAGUUGAGAAAGUGGCACAGAGACGUAAAGAUGGGCCAAGAAAUAGAAGCUACAUUGAUGGAAGGAGCUCGUGGGAUGUUUCGAUGGGCUGUGUGCCAGCUUGACAUGUUAAGCAAAUGUCUUAAUCGUGCAAUGCUACGUAAAGCCUUGGCAGAGCUUCCACCGACGCUAGAUGAGACAUACGAGCGGAUUCUUCACGCUAUUGAGAAAGACUAUUCAAUAUAUGUGUUGAGGAUUUUGCGAUGGCUCGCAUUUUCUGCCAGACCACUGCUCAUGGAAGAGAUCGUGGAAGUUGCUGCUAUCGAUCCUGGGGGAGAUCCCAUGUUCGACAAGGAAGAGUUAUUUCAAGACUCAAUGGAUGUCACGAGGAUAUGUUCAAGCCUUGUCAGUGUGGUGAACGAACAGAGUACUUCGGAGUCCACUAGACAAGUUAUUACGCUAGCACAUUACUCUGUGAAGGAGUACCUCAUCUCAGACCGCAUUCAACAGGGCCAGGCAGCUCUGUAUAGCUUAAAAAGUACCACUUCUCACGGCUUGAUUGCAGAGAGCUGCCUUGGAUACCUUCUCCAAUUUCAAGACUCUGACUCGUUCUGCGAAGAAACCAUUGAAACCUACGCAUUGGCUGAGUAUUCUGCAGAAUUCUGGAUGACUCAUGUUCAAUCUUCGGAACAAAAGGGAGAAGUACUGAACAGUCUCAUCAGGGAGCUUUAUUUGUCUCAAGAUGGUGCCUAUCUCAAUUGGCUUCGAAUACACAACCCACAUAACCGCUGGCCCACGGGUAAAGCGACGGAUGUCCAGAGGACGGUGGAAGACGUUGCAUACCCGUUAUACAGUGCUUCAGAAGCAGGUUUGACUGAACUAGUCAAGCACCUGAUUACGAAGACCGGGGCAAAUGUCAACGAGCAAGGCGGAGAGUACGGCAAUGCACUUCAGGUUGCAUCCGCAGGAGGCCAUAGUGAGAUUGUUGAACUACUGCUCCAAAAAGACGCUAAAGUCAACGCGCAGGGUGGGUUCUACGGAACGGCACUCCAGGCAGCAUCAGCUGGAGGUCAUGACAGGGUUGUGGAGUUGCUACUCAGCAGGGGCGCUGAGGUUAACUCACGAGGUGGAUGGUACGGCAAUGCGAUCAAAGCAGCAUCGGCUCAUGGCCACAACAAAACCAUUGAGCAAUUGCUUAGCAAAGGCGCUGAGGUUAACGCGCGUGGUGGGAUCUUUGGUAAUGAGCUAGGCAGUAUCUUCGCCAACGCCCUUCAUGCGGCGUCAAGUGGAGGCUAUGACAAGACUGUUGAGCUACUGCUUGAAAACGGCGCUGAGGUAAACGUGCAAGAGAGAGACGGUGGAUCCCCUCUCGAGGCAGCAUCAUCGGGAGGUUAUUGCAGAAUUGUUGAGUUGGUACUGAGUAAGGGCGCUGAGGUCAACGCGCAAGGUGGCGACUACGGAACCGCACUCCAGGCAGCAUCAGCUGGAGGUCAUGACAAGAUUGUUGAGCUGCUUCUUAGCAAGGGCGCUGAGGUGAACGCACAGGGUGGAUAUUAUGGAACUCCACUCCAGGCAGCAUCAGCUGGAGGUCAUGACAAGAUUGCUGAGCUGCUAUUUAGUAAGGGCGCUGAGGUUAACGCGCAAGGUGGAUGGUAUGGUACUGCACUUCAGGCGGCAUCAGCUGGAGGUCACGAUAAGAUCAUUAAGUUGCUGCUCAGGGAGGGUGCUGAGGUCAACACGCAAGGCAGAGAGUACAAGAAUGAGCACCAGACAACAGGCGGCUAUGACCCGUUCUUAACCAAAUGGGCCAGGUUCAAUGUGCAGUUUGGGGUCUUUGGAACUGCGCUCCAGGCAGCAUCAGCUGAAGGUCAUAGCAGGACUAUAGAGCUGCUCCUUGACCAGGGUGCCAACGUCAAUGGACAGGGUGGCGUCUUUGGCACUGCGCUUCAGGCAGCAUCAGCUCGAGGUCAUGACAAGAUUGUUGAGUUGCUACUUAGCAAGGGCACUGAGGUUAAUAUGCAAAGCGGAUACUUUGGAACUGCACUCCAAGCGGCAUCAGCUGGAGGUCAUGAUAAGAUCAUUGAGCUUCUAUUUGGAAAUGAUGCGAAGGUCAACAUGCAAGGUGGAUGGUACGGAAAUUCACUCCUGGCAGCAACAGCUGAAGGCCAUCACAAGACUAUUGAGUUGCUACUCAGUGAAGGUGCUGAGGUAAAUGCACAAAACAACGCAUCAUUGGCGGAAUCUGCUGAAGGCCAUGGAAUUUCCAUGAAGGAGCUUAUUAGCUUCAAUCACAGGGCACACAAACAAGUCUUCAGCACUGCACUUCAGGCAGCAUCAGCAGUUGGUUAUGACAAGAUCGUUGAGUUGCUACUUAGUCAAGGUGCUGAGGUCAACUGGCAAGGCGGAGUCUUUGGCACUGCGCUCCAGGCUGCAUCACUUGGAGGUAAUGAAAAGAUUGUUGAGUUACUACUUAACAAGGGUGCCGAGGUUAAUAUACAAGGUGGAAAAUAUGGAGCUGCCCUCCAGGCGGCAUCAUCUGAAGGUCACGACAAGGUUGUUGAGUUGCUACUCAGCAAGGGUGCUGAUAUUAACAUACAAGGUGGAUGGUAUGGCACUGCACUUCAAGCUGCAUCAGCUGGUGGCUAUGACAAGAUUGUUGAACUGCUACUCAGUCAAGGUGCCGAGGUCAACUGGCAAGGCGGAGUCUUUGGCACUGCGCUCCAGGCUGCAUCGGCUAAAGGCUAUAGCAAGACCACCGAAUUGUUUCACAGUAUAAAUGACAUGGGUACUGUGACGAGUGAGGCAUCAGCAAGAUCCUAUAUUAGGAUUGUGAAGCAACUCGUUAACAAAGGUGCCAAGGUCAACGAGCAGGGUGGAGUCUUUGGAAAUGCACUUCAGGCAGCAUCAGCUGAAGGCUGUGAUAAGAUCAUUAAGCUGCUACUUGACAAGGGCGCUGAGGUAAAUGCAACGGGUGGGUACUAUGGCAAUGCACUGCAGGCAGCAUCGGUUGGAGGCUACAGAAAAAUUGUCAAGUUGCUCCUUGAUAAGGGUGCUGAGGUGAAUGCACCUGGCGGAGAGUAUGGAAAUGCACUUCAGGCAGCAUCGGUUAGAGGUAACAACAAGACUGUUGACUUGUUACUUAGUCAUGGCGUUAAAGUCAAUGCGCAAGGUGGAUACUAUGGAACUGCACUCCAAGCAGCAUCGUCUGGAGGCUACGACAAGACUGCCGAGUUGCUUCUUAGCAACGGCGCUGAGGUGAAUGCACCAGGCGGAGAGUAUGGAAAUGCACUCCAGGCAGCAUCAUCAAGAGGCUAUAACAACACUGUUGAGUUUCUUCUUAGCAAGGGCGCUGAAGUCAACGCGCAAGGUGGAUACUAUGGAACUGCACUCCAGGCAGCAUCGUCUGAAGGCUACGACAAGACUGCCGAGUUGCUUCUUAGCAAAGGCGCUGAGAUGAACGUACAGGGUGGCUACUACGGAACCGCACUCCAGGCAGCAUCAGCUGGAGGUCAUGACAAGAUUGUUGAGCUGCUUCUUAGCAAAGGCGCUGAGGUGAACGCACAGGGUGGAUAUUAUGGAACUCCACUCCAGGCAGCAUCAGCUGGAGGUCAUGACAAGAUUGCUGAGCUGCUUCUUAGCAAGGGCGCUGGGGUCAACUCGCAAGGUGGACAAUAUAGCAGCGCGCUCCAGGCGGCCUUAGCUGGUAGCUGUGAUGAUAUAGCCGAAGUUCAACUGGGCAAAAAUGCUGAGUUCAACGGUAUGACUAUGGUGCGGACCCGGGGCUUUAGAAAGAUCAUCAGGUUGCUCGGUGGUACGGGUGCUGAAUCAGAAUAA